GGAGAACCAUGUUUCAGAAGUAUGGAGAUUCUAGCUCUUCGUCUUCAUCUUCGUUCGGCUUCAGGAGUUUGGAUAAUACGCUGGCGGCGAGGAGCCUAGCCAUGCCGAGACUCACCGAGACUGACUCGUCGAUAGGUGGUUACGAAGACGGUUAUGAGGAGGACAACGUGAUCACCUGGUGAGUUCCUCCCCGGAGCCGGAUGACAGUGCAUUCGAGUCGGUGCAUCGCAGCAGUCGUCAGCUGUUGCGGGGCGGUGCCCAGGGGGGAGCCGUCACGGGGGCGGCACGGCGGUCGCCCGGGUCGUCGGAUGGGGGCGGUGGAGGCGGCAAGAAGCUCGGGGGUGGUGGUGGAGGUAGUCAGUCAUCGUCUACUUCGUCAGACGAGGGCAGUCGGUCUCCGUUUCGGCGUGGCGUCUCGCAGGGUGGUCAGGGGAAUGCGCAUCAUUCACAGUCAAACUCGCACCACGGCAAACAGCAAAGCAGCAGCAGCCAGAGCAGCAGCAGCGCCCGGGUGCGACGCUCCCGCAGCCUGCAGCUGCCCGAACGCAAGUCGCCCGUUUCUCCGGCUCAGCAGCAGUCGGCUGCGGCUGCGGCUGCGGCCUACUACACGUCCAAGGGCUACCCGGUCGUCGUCAAGGUGGGCGCCGACAAUGACCAGCACCAGCGCAUCAAGCGACAUCUCUUGCAGCAGCAGAGAAUGUCAGAGGAAGCCCAGAAACGCGAGGAGCUACUGCGUCGUGAAGCGGAAGCCGUCACCGAAUUUCUAUGGAGCACACGCAGUCGUGAUGCGGCCAGGGCUCUGCUGUCGCAGCGAGUCAACACGUCGCAUCAGUCUCAUCAGCAGAGUCAGCAUCAGUCACAUCAGCAGCAUCAGCAACAACAUCAGCAGCCGUCGUUCAACGUGGUGUUUGUCGGCGGCAACCAGAAGAGUCAACGUGGCAACUAUGGACAGUCGUCGCUUACGUCUUCAUCAUCUUCGUCGCAACGUGCGAGGGGACUGCAGAGGGGGUCGUCUACGCCUGUUAGCAAAGGCUCGUCCCCAGUGGGUGGUUUCUGUCCGAACCCAUGCAACCCGACGACGUGCGACUUCUGGCCGCACUGCGCGCAUCGCGACGGCAUCUACACGACGACCAAAGGGCAGUGCGGCUGCGACUCCGGUCGCAUCCGGCCCGCACCCGCAUCCGCCCACCUCGCUGCGGCUGUCGCAGAGCUAUCCGACCGAUCGCGGCGGCGGCGUAGACAAGCGGUCACGACUUGAGCCCAGUGCCAGGCACAACUAUCAGUCGAUCAGGUCGUCACCGGCUUCGUUGGAACGUGUGGACCACGUGUCACCCGACCGACACUCACAGCCGCCUUUCCACACGAGGCGUGGCAACAGCCUGAACGUGUCGCCUGAGUGGCGCAGUGCACAGCAGUGUUGCCAACACCUACAUCCGCCUAGGCACAAGCCUGGAUUCAAGGUUGGCUUGAGCGACACGUCCUCCUCCUCAGUAGACGCUUACCAGCCGCGCGACUCGCGAUCGCCGGGCGACACGACGCACGCCGACAAAGUGUCACCGAUCGAGGUGAACAGCGUCAUACUGAACCAGCAGGACGACGACGCUUUGUCGCCGUCCACCUCGUCAUCGUCCUCGUCUGAAGUGUGGCUGACCACGUCAGACCGGACGCUGACAAAGUCGGACCGCACGCUGACCAAGUCGCCGUCGCGUCGCACGCCGCAGGAGGAGGUUGUACGACUGCCGGGCGACCUGGAGUCGCGGCCUGGCAGCGCUCCUGGUGGCGCGAUCACGCAACAGCCCUACAAACCCUACAAACCGUCGCAGGCGUCGCAAGGAGCUCUGGAGCCGCAGCAUCGCUCUCUCAGUCUGCCUAAAUCGUUUCAGGCCAAGGAAUCUAUUUCACACAGCGGCGGUUAUGUAAGAUCAGCCACCCACAGUCCAGCUCCCACUCUGCGACCCCCCACCCCCGAGACAGCUCGCACCGCCCCUGCCACGCCGGUUCGAGAUGUGAACGGCGUGAAUGGUAGGAGCAGAUCGCCAUGUGACCAGGACUCGUCAGCUGAUGCCAACGGGGGGGUAGGGGUGGGUGUUGUGGGAGGGGGAAGCAGCCUAAACAAGGGCAAGGCGCGCUUCUCGAGUACCCCUCAGCUGGAGCCUACCCCCUCCUCCGACCCUACCGAUCCUCGCUGGACCAACCCAGCUAGGGAAUGGCAUGAUGAAAAAUCGCACAAUGACAAGGAAUUGUUGCCGUCUCAAAGGAAUAUACAAGGAUCAACGAGUGAAAGUGUUCUGCAAAAAUUCAGGAAAAGUUUUUCGUUGCGCUUCUACCGAAAGGGCUUCGGGGGCAGUAAAGAUGGUGACGAAGACGAGUCAGAUCUGCCCUCCCGGGAGUCGCCCACCCCCACCCCGCCUCUCGGCACCGCCCCUGUAGCCCCCGCACCUCUAGUCAACAAGGAUGAUACCUCGGAGAAGUUCAGGUUUGGACCAUUGAUUUGGAGAUCGAGUAAAGAGAGAAAGAAAGGCAAGAAGGCAGCAAGGGAGGCAAAGUGCAAUAGUGGUGACAGUGGCAUUCAAAUUGAGAUGGUGGGACGGACAACUGGUGAUAGUUCUGAGUCGCACGAUACCGACCACUUGUGUGACGAUGACAUUGAUAGUCCGCCCGCUGUGAGACGACGAGGCACAACCGGCUCGGAGGGCAAACCGUCGCGACCGACCUCAGACGUCAUCAACCAGAUCCUGAUCGACAAGCUGCGCGCCGAUCUGGCCGCGCACGCCGUGACGCGCCGGGGUGGCGCACACGGGGCGCGCAACGUGCGACGAACGCACUCCGAUCUCGGCGGCCAACGCCUGUUCAACUGGGAGAUGCGCAACAGUUACCGGCGCAUGUUCAGCACCCCGUCCCCCAUCAAGAUCAGACCCAACCUCAGCCCGCGGAAGAGUAGUAACAAUUUUGUUUCAGAUCGAAACGCUUUGGAAUUCGACCGACUGGGCAUGAGGAGGUGUAUCAGUCAACCAUUAGGCAUCAACGAUCUCUCGCCGCUCAUGCGACGGAAACCUUCAGGAGCUAGAAACCAAGUUCUUAGCGAAGAUGAGAGAGGAGCAACAUCAGAUGAUGAAAUGCUCUCCGAUUCCGAAUCAUCAGUUGCGUCACUCAGCGAAAGGAAGAAAUCUUUCGAACUGGCAAUGGACGAGGAGGUGGUGAUCCUGGCGGAGGCAGUUUGGGACCACGUUGCCAUGGAGACGGAGGAGUUGGCGUUCAGAGCGGGUGACGUCAUCGAGGUGCUUGAUACCCUGGACAGGGACUGGUGGUGGGGGGCCCGUAAUGACACCGUCGGAUGGUUUCCUUCCGCUUUUGUUAGGCUGCGAGUGAGCCAGGAGGACACGGUGGAGGACUGUUUGGCGGCCAUAGCGUCGGGAGGCAGCAAACAGCUGCGACGCCGCACCAGCAUCUCGCUGCUCUCCAACGACCAGGUCAGGUCGAGGGUGGUCCGCGAGCUCAUCAAUACCGAGCGCGAUUUCGUCAAAGUCCUGCGUGAUGUGGCCGAGGGUUACCUGACUGAAUGUAGAAGGCGAAACGAUAUGUUUAGUGACGAACAGAUCGCAACUAUAUUUGGUAAUUUAGAACAAUUAUUAGAAUUCCAGUCGGACUUCCUCGAAGACCUCGAGAGGCAUGUGGACUGGGACACGCCCCAUAAAAGCUGUCUGGGUGAUACGUUUCUCAGGCAUCAAGCUGGCUUCCGAAUGUACUCAGAGUACUGCAACAGUCAUCCACUGGCCAUAGCCACUUUGCAGGAGCUCUACCAGCACAACAGCUAUAGCAAGUUCUUCGAGGCGUGCAGACUGAUGAGGGGCCUCAUAGAGAUACCCCUUGACGGCUACCUUCUCACCCCGGUGCAGAGGAUAUGCAAGUAUCCGCUUCAACUGGCCGAACUACUCAAGUAUACUAAGGCUGACCACAUGGAUCAUGGUAAAAUCAAGGAGGCACUGGAUGCGAUGCGAGGUGUUGCCAUAUUGAUCAACGAGCGCAAACGGCGCAUGGAAAGUCUAGAAAAGUUGGCAGCUUGGCAACAGCGUGUGGAAGGCUGGGAGGGUGAAGACCUGAUCGAGAGCAGUUCGCAGCUGAUCUUCCAGGGCGAGGCGAUCCGAGUGACCAGUGGUAUGUGGACCAAUAACAUCACCCUCUUCCUCUUCGACCAUCAGCUCGUCUACUGCAAGAAGGACAUACUCAAGCGCAACACCUACGUCUACAAGGGCCGCAUACACCUCGACACCAGCGAGGUUAUCAGUCUCAAUGACGGCAAAGAGCCACAACUGAACGUGACAGUGAGGCACGCGAUCAAAGUGCACAGCUGCGUGCGCGACAAAUGGCUGCUGUUCUGCUGUCGCUCGGCGGCUGACAAGUCGCGCUGGCUGGACGCGUUUGCGCAGGAGCGACGUCUUGUGGCGCAGGACGCACAGGAUGGACUCGAAUUCGCGCCCGCCGCGCGCCAGUUGGCGCGACUCGCCGCCGCUCGCUGCUACCGCAUGCCGCCUACUAAGCCGCGUGGCAAAAGCUACAAGCGCGGUAACAGCGUUAAUAUGGCGGCAUUGGGCGCGCGGCCUCCCUCUAAUGGCGUCAAUGGUGGCGGAGGGGGAGGGGCGUCUCUUGGACGUCGCGUCGGCACGUGGUUCACAUUUGGCGCCAACAAGAAAACGCGCGCACUAGGAAGAGCGGCAACACUGCAAACGGUGCAUCCGUCAUGAGAGCAGGUGAUCGUCACAGCCAAGGGUUGGGUGUGACGAGACCUCUAUGAUAUAUCAUAAGUAUUUGUCAUAAUAGUUUAUUACUAAUAUUGAACUUGUCAUAGUGGUUUGAUACUACUAUUUUAUUACAUUGUAAUAGUGAUAUUAUUACUAUAUUCUUCAAAGGAUUGGAUGUGUCGACCAUAAUCUCAUCGAUUUAUCAUAAAUAAUUUAUGAUAAUAAGUCUAGAAAUCAUCAUAAAUACUUUGUUAGUACCACGGUAUUUAAAUGAAAACGGUAGGGGUCAUGAAAUGUGUGCACAGUGGCCAGCGUCAUCGCCACCAACCGAGGUUUUUAACACCUAUUGGCAAUUUAUGAAACUUAUUUGUUAAAAAACAGAUGUUUGGAUAUAAAAUGACGUCAGCUACACCGGAAAUUUAGCACAACAUGCGCGUGACACCUACCGUCUUCUUUUAUAUACCGUGGUUAGUACUACUAUUGAAUUUGUAGUAAUAUUGUUAAUAUUAUUGUAUUAUCUUGUAAUGCAGUAGUACAUUGUUAUAUUUUCCAGAGAUUU